UUCACAACUUCCGCUACAGCCGUAACUGUAGUCCUCAGAGAAGAGGUUCCCUACACAUCACAAAAACGGAAACUAUGCGUUUGCAGCUGUGAAAGAAAGUUAAGAGCAAGAAGAGCCGGAAGAGAAACGGAAGCUUAUCAAAGCGUGAUAGUAUUUAUGUGAGCAUCUCCUGUGUUAUGCUAACUGCUCGUUAGCUAGCAUGCUGCGGUCUGAAAACAACAGACACCUUCUCUCGGAUUAAUUACAUCUCGUCAUGACCGAUUUAAGAUGUCGUAAAACAGAGACUUUGGAGGAGGAAAAGGAAGAGGACGAGCCCAAAGAGCACACUUCACAUGUUAAUGGACCGCUGAACACAGAGGAGGACGGGACAGAGUCCACUGAUGGAGCAGAAGAAAAGCAGCAGAAAGAUGAAGGUGAAGAAGAAGAAGAAGAGACUGGAGAUAAAGAAGUAAACAAACUAGAGUCAGCUGUUAAAGGAGCCAAAUGGACUUCUGCAUCAGGUUUCUUGCAGCGUCUAGUGAGAGUGUUCUUCGGAUGUCUGGCUGCAGUUGCCUGCGGGAUCCUUUAUGCGUUUUUUCUGUCUACAUAUCAUGACAGGAAGUUCUGGUUUUCCACUCGACAGGAGCUGGAGCGUGAAAUCACCUUCCAAGAAGGCAGCGGGCUCUAUUAUUACUAUUACAAGCACAUGCUCGCAGCACCGUCUUUUGAAAGAGGGUUUUAUGAGUUGACGCUGGAUAACAACACAGUUUCAGGUCAAACCAUCAACGCAGUGGAACGUCUGUCUCUGUUUCCAGAGAUCAUCAUGAGCUUCUUAUACCGAGUCACAGACUGCCAGGAUGACGUGGAGCCGAUCUACUUCUACGUCGGAGCGGUUUUCGGCCUCCAGGCGGUCUACGUCACCGCUCUGUUUGUGUGCAGCUGGGUGAUGAGCGGCACCUGGGUGGCCGGCAUGUUGGCUGUGGCCUGGUAUGUGAUCAACAGAACAGAUACAACCAAAGUGGACCAGGCCAUUCCUCUGCGGGACAACUGGGCUCUGCCUUUCUUCUCGUGCCAGGUUGCUGCUUUGACCGGAUUCCUCAGUAAUAACGUCAGCUCUGCCACUGAAAUGUUUUGCUAUCUCACCAUGAGUGCCACCACCUUCUCCUUCCUGCUGGUGUGGGAGCACAGUCACUACGUGCUCUUCAUCCAGGGCCUCUGCCUUUUCCUGCUCGACUCUUUUGACCUGGUGCCGCCACGCAAGCUGGCCGACAUUCACAAGGUGUACCUCAGCUCCUUGUUCUUGGCCUACUUGUUCCAGUUUCAGAACCCGGCCCUGCUCAGCUCUCCUCUGCUCAGCCUCAUGCUCGGAUCAGUGCUCGCGAGGUACUUCCAGCAAAAUAUGAAAAUGGGACCUCUUGUGGCCAGAGUCAUGAAACUCUUCCUACAUUUCCACCUUGUCUUUACGACAGGGAUCACCUUCAGCUAUUUGGUCAAGAAACUUAUUCCUGUGAGUGAGAGUGAUUUCAUAUUGAAAUUCCUGGAAGUCAAAUUUGGACUCAACACGACAACUGAUUUCGUCCCAAACUUCCUCAUGUGCCAAGAGAGUUUGCAGACGCCCGAUCAGGACUUUUUUCUACGCCUGACACAGGCCUCAGUCCUUCCCUUCUACUUGCUGGUGCUCUCAGUCUGCCUGCUGUCCACCCUGCAGACCAUCUACAGACGACUCAGUGGUCAGCCGAUUCAAACCAACCUGAAACUUGAAGAUGGACGAAUAGGAGAGCAGCCCGAGGUCAUCUAUCACGUGUUUCACACGCUGCUUUUUGGAGGCCUCGCUCUGCUGUUCGAUGGGAUGAAAUAUUUAUGGACCCCGUACGUCUGCAUGUUCACAGCGUUCGGUGUGUGUUCUCCAGAACUGUGGAUGACUGUCUUUAAGUGGCUUAGACUGAAGUCCAUCCACCCCGUAGUGCUGUCUCUGAUCCUGAGCACAGCUGUUCCUACGAUCAUUGGCUUCAGUUUGUGGAGAGAGUACUGCCCUCGUGUCUUAGCAGAGCUGUCGGACCUCCCUGAGUUCUACGACACAGAUACAGUCGAGCUGAUCAGCUGGAUCAGGUCUCAGGCUCCUCUGGCGGCCGUCUUUGCGGGCAGCCCUCAGCUGUUAGGAAUCGUGAAGUUGUGCACGGGUUCAGCUGUGACCAGUUUGCCGCUUUACUCCGACAUCAACCUGCUGAGGAGGACGGAGGAUACUUAUCAGGUGUACGCAAUGAGGUCUGCAGAGGACGUCUAUAAGAUUCUGACCUCUCAGAAGACGAACUACGUGAUCAUCGAAGAGUCGAUUUGUAACGAGCUGAGUCUUCAGAGGAGCUGUAGGAUCAAAGACCUGCUCGACAUUUCUAAUGGACAUGUCAUCUACGAUAAAGGACUGAUGUACUCCUUCUCCAAGCACGGACGCUUCUGCCAGGAGAUAAAGAUGAACUACUCGCCGUACACAAACUACUUCACUCGAGUUUUCUGGAACCGCUCGUACCACAUCUACAAAGUCAACUCCGUCAUCUCCUUCCAGUACUGACGGCAGCGUCUGCCUCUGUUGCCGGGACAUCACUCCGUGUUUCAUGAGCAUAUCCACCGCGUCUCACACACACAGAGGAGGACUGCAGUAUGUGUGUGUGUGCUCCAAAAAAGUCUAAUCACUGUUGUCAAAAAAACAAAACAUCCCACUGUGAGUGAUGGAGGUGUGAAUUCAGAACAACUAGCCGAGCACAGAUUACUUCGACCUUGUUUGAUAUAAACAACAUGAAAAGGACUGUUGAUGUUGAAGAACGCCAUUUUAGUCUCUGUACUGUAGAUUUAUAAACCAGGUGUUUCUGUUACUGUCGGGAGAGGUUCAUACUGUAUCGGAGGUGUCUCACUUUUUACACAACAAGAGAGUGGAAGCCUUUCUUUUUUUCCUCCCAGCGUUGCCAUCCAAAAGGGCGAUGCUUUCAAACAGAGCUAAGUCCAUCUCCGCUCUGGUUCAGACUGAAAGAGGGAAAUGUCCAGACGUCUGCUAAAUGAACUUAGAUUAAGAUCUGCUCAUACAUAAACGUUCUCUUGAAAUUAAUUCUACUUAUUUUAGCAGUCCGCUGAUUUAUAAUACCAUUAUACGGUCUUUAUUUUAUUUUGUAGAUCACUUGUUUUAUGACUAAAUACACCUCUUCUGUAGUUUUUUUUUCAACAUGCUAAACUAAGACAACAAAAACAACC